AUGAUUUGUAAAAGUUUGAAUUGUUUUCUUCCAUUUAUAAUAUUAUCAUUUUUAUUCACAUUUUUAAUUGUUUUGACUAAUUUUGUUAAUUGUGAUGCCGAGAAAAGACCACAUAUAAUAUUUAUCUUAGCUGAUGAUUUGGGAUGGAAUGACGUGGGAUUCCAUGGAUCAUCUGAAAUUCCAACUCCAAAUAUAGAUGCUCUUGCAUAUUCAGGAAUUUUACUCCAAAAUUAUUACGUUCAGCCAAUAUGCACUCCAUCCAGAUCAGCGUUGAUGACUGGAAAAUAUCCUAUCCAUACGGGAAUGCAACACACUGUCCUGUACGCUGCAGAACCACGUGGCCUGCCGUUGAAAGAGCGUAUUCUUCCUCAAUAUUUGAAGGCAAGUAGCAAUGAGCUUUGUUAA